UAUGAAGGUGAAUGGAUUAAUGGCAAAAGAUGUGGUGAGUGUUUUGGCUUUACCUAAUGUCUUAGGAACUGGAACAUUUUCUAUGAAGGAUGGAAGUAUUUAUGAAGGCAGCUUUAUUGAUGGGGAGAUGUGUGGAAGUGGACGAAGAUUUUAUGCACUAUCAAAAAACGAAUAUAUCGGUCACUUUUUGUUCGGGGAACGUCAUGGGUACGGUCUAAUGAAUUAUGGGGAUGGAUCCACGUACGAAGGAGAUUGGUAUCAUAAUUUACAACAAGGUCAUGGAAAGUAUGUCGAUGUAGACAAGAAUAAAUAUGUCGGUGAGUUUUUUCAAAAUAAAAAAAGUGGACCAGGAUGUCUACAUUCACACAAAUUUUCUUACAUAGGAUAUUGGAAAAAUAAUAUUUAUGAUGGUAAUGGUAUUCUGAAAAUGAUAAACGGAAUGACAUAUGAAGGGGAAUUCAAAAAUGGUAAACCAAAUGGACAGGGUAAACUAACACGCAAAGCAAAUCUGUUACCUGAUUAUGAAGGUUUAUGGAAAGAUGGUCUACCCUGUCAAGUAGCAAAUCAUAUGAAGUUGUCAAUUGAAUUGGAAAAAGAGAAUUUAGGCUCCAAUUCAUCCUGUUUAGUUGAAUAUCAAAAUUCUCCAAUCAAAGAGAAAAGUUAUCAGUUUGCUUCAUCUUCAAGGAUGGAAAUUGUUUCAAAUGAAUUGGAGAUGAAAUUUAAUAUUGAUAUUUGCAUAUACAAUAAUACUCGAAGGAUUUUAAUUGAAGAAAGUCAUCGACAACUUGCUUUAUGGAUAGGAAAAGUUUGUAAAGAUAAUAUGCAAAGGAAAUUUUCUGUUGAUCUUCAAAUUUCAGUGGAAACGCCACUCUUGUUAUUACUAAAGGAAAAAGGGAUUUAUACAAUGGAGACACCUUUCGGUUCAUACAUCUAUCCAGUUGGUUCAGUAAAGUUAAUUUCCAAUAAAACAGGAAUAGAUGAACAAAAUUCACCAGUUCAUUCAAUUGAUGAUAACAUCGAUCAUAUUAUAACUAAUUUUGAUUUAAACGAAGAAGAUAAAAGGAAUGUAAAUAAUCAACCGAGUAAUAGUAUUAUAGAAAAUGAAAAUCAACAAUUACUGAAUGAAGUAUUUGUGUAUAAACAAUCUACUAAACGUGGUUUCAUUUCUUAUUCUAUCAUAAAAUCUCUCAUCAAUAAUCAAAAUAUAAAUGAAACAAUCCACGUAGAAGAAGAUGUUAAGAAGAUAUCAAUGUUAGAUGAUCAUGAAUAUUGUAUUGAUUUAUCAAAGAUUGAAAAAUCAGUACAUUUAUUUGAAGAAUUUACAAAUUCACCAUGCCUUAAUCAACUACAAUUUGGUGAACAAUUUAUUCUAGUCGUUGAAGAUAUAACACCAAGGAAUGAAGAGGAGAAUGAAGAAUUUCAUGUGGAUACGAUUCCAGAUCAUAUUUUGAGAACACCAGAACGUCUUUCACCGUUAUUUAUCAAGUUAUGUUACAUUUCAAGGGAAUAAUUUAUUAAAUGAUUUUGAAAUUUAGGAAAACGUAUAACAUUCUAUUACAAUAUACAUAUGUGUUGUUAU